AAUCUGCUGCAACUUUUUAAAAGAAGAAAUUACAAAUUUACGACAAGUACGCGAAGGCAGCAGCGCUAUCAGUUAUUUAGCAUUCCAAAAUGACGGACCCGACAACGUCGCCAGAGGACCACUGGAAAACAGACGGGGCUUUCAGCGACAGUGGCUUUGACCCCAGUUUCUUUGCUGAAACUGCCAGAAAGGGUACCGUUGUGUCCAGGGCUAACAGCAUCGGCUCGACAAGUGCCUCUUCAGUACCAAAUACAGAUGAUGAAGACAGUGACUACAGGCAUGAGACGUCAUAUAAGGACUCAUAUAAAGAUCGGCGGAGACAAGCGCACACACAGGCUGAGCAGAAGCGUAGGGAUGCUAUCAAGAAAGGCUAUGAUGACCUCCAGUCAAUAGUACCGACCUGCCAGCAGCAGUCUGAAUUUGCAGUGGGAGCACAGAAGAUCAGCAAGGCUACUAUACUGCAGAAAACAAUUGACUACAUUCAUUUUCUUCAUAAAGAAAAGAAGAAGCAAGAGGAGGAAGUUUCCGUACUAAGGAAAGAAGUGAUGGCCCUGAAGAUCAUGAAAACGAACUAUGAGCACAUAGUGAAGGCCCACCAGAACAACCCGCAGCAGGGAGAGGAUCAGGUGUCUGACCAGGUCAAGUUCAACAUCUUUCAGAGCAUCAUGGACUCCCUGUUCCAGUCUUUCAGCAGUUCUGUUUCAGUGAGCAGCUUCCAAGAACUCUCAGCCUGUGUUUUCAGCUGGAUUGAGGAGCACUGCAAGCCCCAAACGCUGAGGGAGUUUGUUGUUGGAGUGCUCCGGCAGCUCAAUGGUCAGCUUUAUUGAUCUAUUGCAACCUCUGGACUGAACUUCCAGAAAUUGACUUUGGGCUUGCUCUGGCCUCUCAGGGUGGAGUAAAAACUUCAAUCAGCCUCAGGCCAUACCACAGUAUUUACACUCACUUCAGCUCAUCAAUGACUCCUUGGCUGCAAUUGGAUUACCUCAACCCACACCACGGCAGAGAUGAAAAGUUGCAUUGGUUUGAGCAGUUAAAUGUUUAAGAAAGAUCACUUUCUGAUUGUGUAAUGGUACAUAAAUACAGCAUCUGCUGACUGUU